GCUAUAAAGAUUUUCCAUCAUCGCUAAUCCGUAAUUUUCGUCCGCGCUAAUCUCUCUUAUUCUUCCCUGACUGUGUUUCAAAAUCUCGUCGAAGAUCCAAUUUCUCGAGAUCUGAUUGACAAUUCUCUCUUAAUCUUUGAAGGCAUCGUGAUUCCUGCUCAGGACAUGUCGCUGUUCGAACCAGUUUAUGCUGCUUCUGCUAACUCAAUGGAAUCUCGGAAGAGGAAAAGCAAUAAUGAGCUCACUUGUCGCGGAGUUCCUUUACCAUAUUUGAUCCGACCUCGUAAGAAACUUCCCGUUUACGACGGCUUAACCUUCUACAAUGAAUACCUUGAAUAUUCAUCUGUCGACGAUGGAUUAGAUUCUGAGAGUGAUGACGGUGACUCACCAUUGAAGGCUGUUGAAACCUCCUCUUUGGAGAACGAGAACGAGAACAAUGCAAGCUUAUCUGAAAUUGGUGUAGCAGCAUCAGGUCAUUUGUCGGAUGAAGAGUAUGUGGUUGUGGAACAUGUUGAAGCUAUGCCUCAAACUAAAACAGAGAGAGCAGGAGCAAUUCAAAUGAUGGAACUCUCAAAAGAUACAGUUGAUGAGUCUGAAUCCGGAGACGAAGGAUCCAACAGUGAUGAUUGGGUGGUUGUGUAAUUAGGAGCUUGCCUUCAAAAUUGCAGGCUUAUGUUUGGGGUUUUAGAACAAUAAUGGACUAGUUUAAUUAUGUCUCUUAGUUUCUAGGCCGCCGCAUUCUUUGUGAAGCUUUUAUCAGUACAUAUGAUAACCAUGUUUUCGAUUUA